GAUGACAAUUUGUGUUAAUUAUUAUAAUAAGGCUUUAACUUUAGGAAUCUCAAUGUCUCUCGUUAAUCUUUGUCUGACUCCCCCAUUGACCCCUUAAUUUAUUGCAACUGGGACUAAUUAAUGCUUAAUUCAUAUUUUGCACAAGUGUGAACUUCAAUGGGUAAGUGAAAACUGAAAACAUUUGUAUUAUCCAUCACUUAUAUAGAAUCUUAAUUCUACCAAGCCUAUUUACAGGUACAGGUGGAGUACUUUUAGAAAAAAAUCAAACAGAUGAUUGUGUGAGAUUAAACUGUAACAAACCUUAGGACCAGAAAACUAUCAUCUAGAUGUUUACAAUGAAUAAAAAACAAAACACUAAACAGUAGAGCUACUAACAAAUAUAUUUAAUUAUUAAAAAGGAACCAUGUAAUGGAAAAGGAGAUGAGGUCUAGUCCUGUAUACACAUCUCAACAGGUGCUGAAAUGAUCCCCAAAAUUAUAGAACAUGACCAAGAAAACAGAGAAAACUAUGGAACAGGUGGAUUAAUAGAACAGGAAUAAAUCAGUCCAACUCCUCUGAGGAUUACUCAUGCUUCUUUACCUUAAACUACUUUGAAAAAGUUAAUAAAACUGUGGAGACAAAAUUAGUGGCUACAGUUCAUCUUGUCAAAAGCAUUCUGGCUUUUUAGAGUGGAAAUGUUUAACAAACAGGUCUGGGAGAGAUCACUACGGCUUAAUAUAUAUACAAUCCUAAAGAGGGGACUAAAAUGAAAAAAGUGGUAAUGGUACAAAAUUAUUAUUGGUAUGUAAAACAAGAACCAGCAGUAAGAAACUGAAAUUACCUAGGGCCAUUUCAUAAUUUGGUAAUAUCAAUUAAGUGACAGGGGAAUUUAGGCUUUCUUUUGACACACCUGGAAUUAACCUCUGUGGGAGAAAAGAUAAGUGCAUGAAUCACUAAUCCAUUCCCAUAGUAAUGCUUGGAUAUUUCUAUAUAACUGUGCAACUACAGGGGCUUUUUUCACUCUAGCUAUCAACUAACAUCACACAAUCUAUAUAAGUAGGUUUUAAUAAAUACUGCUCCCUUUCUGUUCAUGGUAUGUAUACAAAUAGAGUAGUACUUAUCAAAUGGAUUAAUGACUGGAAACCAGGAAACAGUUUUUAUGUUUUUAUCCUUAAUUAUUUUCCUAUGGCUCUUAAUUCAAAAUCUGAGAUUCAAGGUGUAAUGCUUAAUGGUGAAUAGUCCUACAAGUCAUAUGGUAUUUUUACUGUUCGCUGACUGGAUAAACAAAAUAAUCUAGUUUCCAACCUGAAUGACUCUAGAAAAGGAAUCCUUAAAAUCACUUUCCUACAGUAUUAGAGUGUGUGUGCAUGCACUUAAACCAGAUUGCCUGCUUACUUAGCAAAAGUGAAUACCUCUGGUGUGAACAGGUCCACUGUGAACAUUUUAAAAGAUUGUAAUGAAUACCCAAAGAAAACAUUUUUAAGAAUAGUAUUUGGCAUCACUAAUAAAUCCUUUAAGUCUAGACCUUUCAGUUUUUUUCUACCAGAAAAACUUCCUCUGGUCUUUUAGCCCCCUGAAUAAGGACAACUGCCUUUGGCCAUUUACUGUUUGCAGUUCAGCCUCUCCAUUCCUUAUUCCAGCCUCACACCCACUUCAUCCAUAAAACUGUUCACCACCAACUUGUGUGCAUCGGGUGAGAUGUGAAAUGAUGUGCGCACACGGAGAAAUCUGAGCGAUGUUUCUGCUUCCUGCUGCUAAGUUAAAACAGAGCAAACUGCAAGCAGACCUCUCAGAAACGGAAGCAUUUAAGAUUUCUUAAUCAGAUGCAACCCUCCAUGGCGAGCAUCCACGCAGGGCUUGGCUGUUUGCCUCUUCUGGCUGUUUUGAGCUUAAGUUGAAGAUAGAAAUUUCUAAUACGAUUUUCAGUGCAUGGACCUAACAUUUUCUUGCAAUAAGUGGAAAAACCACCAGAGGUGAAUAUCUGAUAAUCUCUUCCCUUAGCCCUAGCAAAUUAAAUGCUGAAGCCAACCAGCAAGCAACGUACGGAAUAGAGAAAGCCCUGCCCUUAACGGUACCAAUUUCAUGGAAACAGUCACAGCCCCUUUUCGUUCCUGGACCUUCUUUCCUGGCACGGGUUCUGUUUCUUGAGUAAAAAAGAUGUGUUGUUCCUCCUGUGCCUAGUGAAUAAAGACCCAAGUCCCUCCUGCCAAUUUGGUGGUGUUUGCAAAUCUCCAGCUUCCUUGCUGCUUUUAGGCGAUAAAAGCCGGAGCGACAUCGUUACAGGUGCAGCGACAUGGUUACAGGGGCCAGAGCAGGAGAACGGGGGACUCACCCCCAGGAUGCUUGUACGUACUAUGAGCAGGAGAAACAGACCCGCUAGUUCUGAGUGGGGAGUUUCCCCAGGCUCUGAUGGUACGGGCGAAAGCUUCGGUUUUCCGGAGAUUUUUUUUUCCUGUGGCUGUUCUGUGGCUGUUUCCCCUCCACUCUCACAAAGAAGCUCCCGCUGGGUAGCGUGAAAGAGACGAAUAACCACGCCGCUCGCCUGCAAUCCUGAUUCAAUGGCCCGCUGUGGUCCAAGCAGAAGCUGUGCGCUGCGAAGGAAGCGCCUCCUCUGGAGGAGUUGUAACUACCUCCUCCUCCUCCUCGCCUGUCUCCCUUCCGCACUCCCGCCUUCUCCGCCAACGCGCUAAGGACAAUCAUCUGGCCCCGAGGAACCGCGCUGGUCCCCUUCUUUGGGCCAGUUUGCACAGGGGAGUAGAGAAGGGGAAAGUUUGGGUUAACCCCCCGCACGCACACUGCCCCUCACCACCAGCCUCCCUCCUUCCCCAGCCUCCUUCCACCCUGGGCAGAGCCGCCCUGACGCGCGGGUUUGGGCUAAAGCUGCAGCGGGAGGUCAGAGGAGCGCCCCGCAGGCGGCUGCCGGGGUGGGCAGGCGGAGAGCGCACGCACGGCUGCCCCCCACCCCGGCUCCGUGCGCUCAGCGAGCGGCAUGCCCGGUGCGUGCGCGUGUGCCUACAGGAGGGAGGCUGCGAGGCGCAGGCGCAGCGUCCGCCCGUCUGCAGCCCGGGCGCGCUCAGUGCAGAUCCCGGGGAGUUGAUGGCAGCGGCGCUGUGUAGCCGCUCGGCAGAGAGCGGAGCGCGGAGGAGCCCGGAGCCCAAAAUGUGCGGGGAGGAAGACAGCGGCCGCAGUAGCUCCGGGAGCCCGAGGGUCGGGGCCGGGCCCCAGCCGGUCACCCAGCUCUCCUGACCUGCGUACCCCUCCGCCCCGCGCAUCGCGCCCCCAGAGAAUGUCCGCCAAGUCCAAGGGGCCCCCCGCCGCCUCCUCCCCCCCCGAGGGGCCGCCCGCCGCCUCCAAAGCCAAGGUGAAGGAGCAGAUCAAGAUCAUCGUGGAGGAUUUGGAAUUAGUCCUGGGGGACCUGAAAGACGUGGCCAAGGAGCUCAAGGAGGUGGUUGACCAGAUUGACACAUUGACAUCUGACCUGCAGCUGGAGGAUGAGAUGACAGACAGUUCCAAAACUGACACGCUGAACAGCAGCUCAAGCAGCACAACAGCAUCCAGCUUGGAGAAAGCCAAAGUGCGUGCCAAUGCACCUCUCAUCAAGCCCCCAGCACAUCCGUCUGCUAUUCUCACUGUCCUGAGGAAACCCAAUCCACCACCACCUCCACCACGAUUGACUCCUGUGAAGUGUGAAGACCCUCAAAGGCCAGUUUCUUCUGCUAACCCUGUAAAGACAAAUGGGACCCUACUUCGAAAUGGAGGUUUACCAGGAGGACCAAACAAGAUUCCAAAUGGGGAUGUAUUUUGCAUACCUAAUAGUAACUUGGACAAAGUUCCAAUGCAUCCUCUGAUUCAUAGACCUGAUAAAGACAGGUGUCCUCAGACAGGAACACGGGAACGGGUACGAUUUAGUGAGAAAGUGCAGUACCAUGGCUAUUGCCCUGACUGUGACGUUCGGUAUAACAUUAAAAACAGGGAGAGCCACUUACAUAGUGAGCCGGCACCAAUACUGGGAAAGCUUCCUCACCAAUGUCCUCCCUUACCGCCACCUCCUCCCCCUCUCCCUCCAGUUCCUCUAGAAAAUGGAGGGUUGGGAAUAAGCCCCAGUAAUAGCUUUCCCCCUCUCAGACCUGCGACUGUGCCUCCACAAACUGCACCAAAACCCCAAAAGACCAUCUUGAGAAAAUCCACCACUACAACAGUGUGAUGUGUGCCACUUGAAAAACUGUUUGUUUUUUCCUAUAUAUAAACAUAAACAAAUAGAUAAUGAGCACUUUCUACUCAAGCAAUAAAAAGCCCAAAUAUAUUACAUCCUGUGUUCAGCGAAGUGGCAUAGAAACCAUAUGGCAAUUAACUUUUUAAAGUUUUAUAAUGCUGUCUGGGAACCUGUGAGGAACAGUGCAAUGUUAUAUCCAGCCAGCAGUGUAUCUUAAAUUUAAAUCAAAAUGUGAGGAUGGAGAAGGAUCUUCUAAACAUGAACGUCACAGUAUGUUUUACAUCUUCCUGAGAAAGUGAUAGAAGGUUUGCAUUUGUCAAAGGAUCGGAAUCCUCAUUUUUGAAAGUAUAUAAUGAAGAAUUUAUGCACAGCACAAGCCCAGACAUAAAGCAAGAGUGGAUACAUAAAGAGGUUUUUUGUAUAAAAUACAUCAAACUUCGAUAUGAAGGAAUAAUUUGAGAUGAGCUGAACAGCGGAUGGUGCCUCUGUGGCUUCCUGAGCUAAGCAGCUAUUGGAAUUGCUCCCCAUGUUAAAUGGCUACUUUAAAUGUCUUACAACUCUCUGCUGUAUAUUGUGAAUGAGCACCAUAUGGCAUCCUCCUGUGGUGAAGGAUGGGCACAUUCAUUCCUUGUUGACUGGCAUGAAGAAUUUACUUGACAUUUACUUAUGCUCCUUCAGGCUGGAAGGAAUAUCUACAUUUGGAGGCAUGUCAGUUAUUUCUUUGAUGUUGGAUUCGUCAUUGUGACUUCUUGCAGGCCAGAUCUGAUGAAAGUAACCAGGAACCUGACCCUCCUUGGAGCAUGGAAGCCCUUAGAGUCAGAGCACAACGAAUCACUGGUGUAAUCUACAUCAAAUCAUCUGCCUCAGAUCUGACAGCUUUGAGCUGAGUCCUGACAAAAGCCACAGCCUUAAAUUUUGCUCACAUGGAAAGAAAAAUAAAGAGGACUAAAUACCUUGCCCCAUUACAGAAACAACUGUCUCCAAGCCUGACAUUUGAGGAGUUCAAUACUGAGCAAUUAGAGUAAUAAACAAUAAAUCAAUUUAUCAUGAGGUCCAGCCAGCAUCCAAAAAAAAAAUUUAAAUAUGUAGCCAAAAGGAAACAUGAAGCACUUGAGUGAUUACAGGAAAAGCAAUGCAUGUACUACAACAGAGGAAUAUUGCUGUUUGUGGGAAAAGAAGACCUCUACCAUCCCUUGUACAUAUUCAAAGCCAUAGAAGAUUGGAGCAUCAUUAAUGCUCAAAUGCUUGAAAGGAUGUUGUCUCCUGUUCUCCACCUGAAUCUGAAAAAAAAAAUCCGUAUUACAGAUUGCAUUUCAAUGCACUUCUAAUAUUUGCACUGUCACUUCCAUUCAGGGUAAUGAUGUGUGCCAUCAUUUGCACAGAUGGCCCUAUGAGAUUUUAGACCACAACAAGCUGUAUCUUGCAGGGGCUCCAAAAGGAAUUAAAAAGAAAAAAAGGUGAAGAAAAUUAAUACAGUGAGGAUUUCUCCCCACAAGAAAAUAGUCCUGAAGAUUAAUAAAUAUAUAUAUGAAAAAGCAUCAACAUGAUAAAGGGGAUUUAAAAAGGGAUCUAAUAUUUUUGUUAAUGAAAUUCAUUUUAUAUCACAGUAACAGCCAAUAGAUUGAACCUAUUAAACGGUAUACCCAGAAUGUUCCUGUUGGACAUUGAAAGUAUCCUCCUAAAUAAUAUCAAUGAAAAAAGGCAUUUGUAAUAUGUAUUUGACAUAUAAUUUUUAUAGCCAUUUAUCUAUGCUACAUGGAGAAAUGUAAAAGACAAACAAACAGCGUUUUCAGUUUAUUUUUCUAAAUAAAAUGUGUUGUUUGUAUUAUUUGCAGUCACUUAUUUUAGAUGGCAUUCAUAACCCCAAAAAGGAUUUAAAGAUGGAACCAAAACACAAUAACUGUUUUGCCAUGUUAAAUCGUAACGAUUUGCAGACUGAAAGCUUUAAUAUAAAUACUAUAAUUUGUAAAAUUAUAAAGUAUAUUUAUACUGGCAAAUAUGUAUGGAAAGAAGAGGAGGUAUUUUAACUCUUAGUUUCAGUACAUAGGUUAUUUUGGUAGUCAUAUGAAGGAAUGUGAACUUAUAUAAUUAGUUAAGGGUUUAUUUUCUCCUGUGGUAAUACAUUUUAGCAAAUGAAGUUUCAAAUGCCUAGGAAUUCAAAGAAUGAAUCUAAUCUUGAUGAUUUUUCAGAAUUACACACAGUCCCCUUGUCAAGUGAUUCAUUUAAUCUAGGGACCACUUUUUUCAUAUUGUAACAUACUCACCAGGCCACUAAAGAUGCCGCUGUUUGGUCAUGAAAAAUGUGAAAACUUGAGGUAAGAGAGAUUGACGAUUACAAUCAUCUGCAAAUUUUCAUUUAGGAACAAUCAUUGUAUCUGUCUAAUGGAGUAUUUUGUUAUCAAGUCAUUGAACACAUUGAUUCUAGAGCUGUUUUGAAUAAAAAUAUAUUUUUCCUUUUUUCAUAAUCUUCUAGCCUGUGUGUAAUUUUAGGAGAAAGUGAAUCCUGUGAUAUCAACUUUCUUUAAUCAUCAGCUUUGAUCUAACCACACUUUGUUUGCUCUUGAGGAACAUAUUAAUUAAUCAUUCAAUAGGGAAAAGUGUUCU